CUCUGCGAAUGUCAGUCCCCACAGACACAAAUGUGGGCUCAGGCAUUCCCUCCAGACCUGCUGGGAUGGAAGUACAUUCAUGGAUUUGCAUUUCAGAAGUAGUCAGGGAGCUUCUGUAAGGCCAGAUCAGUUUGCACACAGUUUCCUUCACUGAUGCAAUGUGGUUGGAGGGAUGAGGCGGAGCAACAAGGCAGCCCGUCCCCCUCAUGCUGCUGCGAUUUUGGUCUCUAGCUCCAAUUUGUUUCAGUUCUGUGAAGCAUCUGAACAAGCAGAAGGCAAGGAGAAACACAGCCCUUGUGGAAAAUACAUUAGGACUUUCAGGAUGGACUUUUGUCCUGCUGGGUCAUCUGACCUGAGUGAGGCUGAAGAGGCUGAAAUAGAGACAAUAAGGCAGCACAGAGAGGAGCUCUUGGAGGACAUUAAGAAGCUGAAAGAAGAGAUUGCACAAGUGUUUGCAGAGAUUGAGGGCUUCCAAAAUGCAGAGGAGAGGCAAGAGGCAGACCAGAACCCUGGUGAGAGGACCAGCAAACUAUCACAGAGGGAUAAACUUCUGUCCGUGGGUCGGAAGAAAUUCAACAUGGAUCCUGAAAAGGGGAUCCAGUACCUGAUUGAGCAGCAACUAUUGUCCUCAGACCUGCAGGAGAUUGCCAAAUUCCUCCACAAGGGUGAAGGCUUGAACAAGACAGCCAUUGGUGAUUACUUGGGUAGGAGAGACUCCAAAAACAUUCAGAUUCUCCAAGCCUUUGUGGCAUGUCACCAGUUUGCCAACCUCAACCUGGUGCAAGCACUAAGACAGUUCCUAUGGAGCUUCCGGCUGCCUGGGGAAGCACAGAAAAUUGAUCGCAUGAUGGAGGCCUUUGCCAACUGGUACUGCAAGUGUAACCCAGGAGUAUUCCAGUCCACAGAUACAUGUUAUAUACUCUCCUUCUCCAUUAUCAUGCUUAACACCAGCCUGCACAACCCUAAUGUGAAAGACAAACCCCCCUUUGAAAGGUUUGUGUCCAUCAACCGAGGCAUCAAUGAUGGAGCAGACCUGCCACAAGAGCUCUUAAAGAAUCUGUUUGACAGCAUAAAGAACGAGCCAUUCUCUAUACCAGAAGAUGAUGGAAAUGAUCUCACGCACACUUUCUUCAACCCUAACCGUGAGGGCUGGCUCCUGAAACUAGGAGGACGUGUGAAAACCUGGAAACGUCGUUGGUUCAUUCUGACCGAUAACUGCCUGUACUACUUUGAAUAUACCACGGACAAGGAGCCUCUGGGUAUUAUUCCCCUGGAGAACCUAUCAGUCCAGAAGGUGGAUGACCCCAAAAAGCCAAAUUGCUUUGAGCUCUUCAAUCCCAACUGCAAAGGGCAGAAGAUCAAAGCCUGCAAAACAGAUGGGGAUGGGAAGGUGGUUGAAGGCAAGCACCAGUCCUAUAAGAUCUCUGCAGCUACACCAGCAGAACGUGAUGAGUGGAUUGAGGCAAUAAGGACUAGCAUCACACAGAAUCCUUUCUAUGAUCUCGUCUCUGCCCGAAAGAAAAAGAUUGCCAACAAAAACUGAUCCCUGACCUGGUCGCUGGCAGCAGGAAGAUGUAGUUGUUGGACAGCAUCUCUCACGUGCUGGGCACUUUCAGGGAAGAAAUUUGGGAGGAUUGGCUCCUUCCCACUUGGCAUGAAGAUGACUGACAGGACAACUUACCAGAUUUGCUUCUUCUCCUUCCAACCCAAAGGCAGAGGAGCAAUCCACUGAGGACUGUCAGAGCUGUGAGCACAGCACUUCCCGUGUCAUAGCUCAGAGGCUAAAUGUCAACUGGCCUUUGGCUUCCUCCAUAUUGCUCCAGCUAUGAAGGGCAGGAUUUGAGGAGAGACAAGAAUGCCUCCAGAACACCUCCAGCCUGUAGCUGAUCUCUACAACCAUCAAGUGAAGGUUAUUUUUCUGUGUGAAUGCUAUCGAGACAGCAAAGCAUAGUCCAGUCAGUUGUGGAGUAGAUAAGAUCCGUUGGUUUUUCUUCCAUGAACAGAUGUGUUGUGGUUGUGUCAAGGUGGCACUAAUGUUUCAGGACUCCAGGGUGAAACCAGAGCACAGAGGAUGAUAAGAGUACCUCUGUGCAGAUCUCUUCUUUGCCUCUUCCUAUAGCCAUGAGGGCUGUAAUUCUGGGAAGUCCCUGCUCUGCAGCUGAGUCACAGGUUUUAGGAAGUAAUUGAUGUUAGAUAGGAGAUAGGGUGCACACUCUGUGUAGAGAGGUUCCUGAGCAAGGAAAGCAGCUCUGGGUCUCUGUCUCUGGGACUGGCUUCUCUUGCUACUUUGGGACUGGCCAUAGGUCUUCCCAGGGAAGAACCCCAAAUGCUAUCUCUCCUUCCGGCUGAUGGCUACCCAGCAAACAUUGCUUGCCCAAGAUGUGUAUUUGAAAGGUCUGCAGCCAGAAGGCAUGAUAAAUCAGAGGUGCAUUUACAUACACACAUGAGCAUGGGCACACAGAGGCAUUCCCAUCUUCACAGAUCGGUUUCACUUGGAACUUGCUGUUUUUGGCUCUUGUGUGAAGAAAUAAAAGUGUCUGAAACAAACGGAAACCUCAGGGCAGCAUGAUUAUUGUGGUGAUAAAAGCAGAGGAUGUGAGAUAAGAGUGUUGUGUUCUUGUGCAUAGCAAAGCAGCCUGAGCUCCAGCACAGCUCUGCAGUGCACCCAAGAUGCAGGCUGAGCAGUGGCACCAGCAGUGGAGGAGGAGUAAAUGAGACAGGAGAAAAGGAGCAGGGACUAGUGACACUGUCUGCAAGCAGGGAAGGGAAUGGAUAUAAAUACCAGAGAAUUGCUACAGAAAAUUACACCUGCAAGAUGAAAGAACUUGAUAAGCUAUUGCUAUCUCGUCCCUUUACAUUUCAGGGCUCUUCCUGUAAAUAAUGGUGCUCUGCUUCUGCCUUUUUGCUUCCUGCAGAGGGCUCUAUCCACCAGGAAAUCUGCAGCAGGGCCUGUACCACCGAUUAUUCAUUUUGGUUAUUUUUGCCCGAGCCACAGGAAUGUUGAAUUAAUUUCAGGAGGCAGGGAGUGUAUCUCAGAGUUGAAGCACGCACAUACCCUGAAGAAGGAACGUGAAGGUUUUCUUCUGCUUGCGCUUGUGAACGUCUCCUGCAUUGAAUCUCUGUGUUGCUGAUGUGAUACAGAGUGAGUUUUCUGCCCGCUGCUCUGCAGCAUGUGCUUGCGCACGCAUCCACUCUUGCUGUGGGUGCAAUGCAGGGAGGCAAGGUCAUGGCCAGAGGUGGGAGGAGAAG